AUGAAUGAUUCUAGGCAGCAGUCACUGUUCUUCAUCACACUUCCAGAUUUACAGAAACUCUGUGCCGUCAAGAUAAUAUUGCAUAAUGGGGUGGCAGAUACCGAGAUUAGAAGUACACAAAUUAGGAUGUGCAGGCAGUUGCUGUUUUUGCACCAAGAUAUUCUUGUAUCACCUGUGCCUGGAAUAUUUAGCCAAAUUUGGGUGGUGAUGGCGAUACCAUUUUAUAAAGCUGGAAAACUUAAUGCCUAUAUUGAAAAAUAUGGAGCUAAGGUAGAGGCACCACGAAGAGUAAUUCCUGUAAUUCUUCAAAACUGCCUUUCAUAUUCACUCACGGCCAGACUUGCUCCAGCCUGGAAUAAAACUGGCCAUCUCUUGGUGCAAGGAAGAGAAUUUCUUUCUCAGAUGGGAAAGCAAAAUGCUGUUGCAUUAGACAUCAAUGUAACAGAAACUCAAGUUUGUCUAAGUAUAGAAGCUUAUACAAUCAGACUGCCACCACCUGAGCUAAAAGAAUUUGAUAUUUCUCAAAGCAUUAUAAAGGACUUUGAUACUCACAAGAAUGGUGUCAUUGAGGGCCAUUCAAUUUUAAGCAACUGGUGCUACGUUUUGCCAAGUAUGAAAAUGGGGAAGAUAUUAAGUAUUCGUCAUACCACACCUCCUGACUGUCCUUUUCACUCAUAUAAAGAUUUCCAGAUGCACUGGGAUGACCUGUAUGGCUACAAACUUCCAGAAGAUGGUGGAAAUAUUAAAAUAUACUGCAACAUCUACUUCAAAAUGAUAGGAGAAAGGAUCUUUACAUACCCUCUCAGUUGCAUCAGAAGUCAGCCCAUACAGUUCUUUCCAAGGGUAGAUUUGGAAGAUGUGUUGAAAAGUUUUCUUUCAGAUUUAAAAUCUAAACUGCCCCAUAUAUGUGGGUUUCCCAUAAAGAUGACAACGAAACCGUGCUACUCCACACAAGAACUAACUAAACCAAGUAUACAGGAAAACAAAGUCAAGCCACCCAAUCUGACCUCUAAACAAAUGUUCAGGACCUCUCUGAUUCAGGCCCCUUCCACAGGACCCUCCCUGGCUCAACAUCCUUUAUCGAGAUCAGUGGCCAUAGACCACAAGGUGGAGCCUUGGGUCAGCCAGCAGAAUACCUGCGUGUUCUCAGCUCUGAACCUCCAGCCAGAAUCUGCUCAGAGCAGAAAGAAGUCCCUCUCUGACAAGGCACCACAAGUACAUUUGGAAGUACCAAAGCCCACCAGAGGAAAUACUCUAGUUCAAGACACUAAUUUUAGCUCCCAAAGUAACAAGGCCCCUAAAUUCAUACCAAUUUUCAAAACUCGAUCAUUUCAGAUGAAUAAAAAUGUCUUAGAGCCUGAAAACCUGAAAAGAAAACAACUUGUUACAGAAUCCAAGUUGUUUUCAUUUAAGACCAAUGUGGUCCAGGAUGACAAACUGAAUUUAGAUCCAGCUACAGAAAAAAGAUAUAAUUGUAAUGUUCAGAUGGAAGUUAGAAAUUUAAACCAGAAGACUUUUAGACCUCUGCAAGAAAAAGAAAGUAUGACAAAAUAUCUCCCUUGUAACAAAAAAUCAUCAGCUGUGAGUAUGAAUGGAAAUAAGCGAUUAUCUAAUAGUUCAGGAUUGCAGAUGUCAAAUAAGAGUUUAGGUACGCUAAAAAGUGCCAUUGACUGCCAAGUGAAUGAAAAAGAAAUUUUAACAAGCAAACAUAUAGCACAAAUUUUAGAAAAGGGACAUGAGUCACUAAAAGUGAAAAGACCACACAUUUUUGAAUCAGACACAGAAAUGGAAGGUUCCCAACUACUUCAACAAUCAGUCAGUAAAACUAAAGAAGUUGAUAUCAGUGACCACAGACAGAUAGCAGGCAGGACAGCCCACAGGCCUAACAGAAAACUAUGUCAGGAAUCUUCAAAACCUGCAAAGCAGCCUCAUUCCAGUAAUGUCCACUAUGGACAAUCCAGUUCUUCUAUGAACCAGAUACAUGACUUGGACAAAUCAAAACCUAAGAAAUCUCUCAUCAGCCCUCAAGCUUAUAACAUGGAUGUGAAAGCAGGAAAUAUCCAUAAGAGAUAAACACUCUGAACAGUAGAUGGACACUCGGGCACUGCUGUGCAUGUGGAAUUGGGCUCCGUACACAGCUGUGGGACCUCCUUUUUCACUCGACAGU